CCAUAUCUGUUGUCAUAAACAGCUCUUUCACUGUAUCUCACAAUCAGACCAUAUCCUCAACACUCCCGACACAUACGAGUGGACAGUAUGUCGGGUACACUGACUGGCGCUGAGACCGAGAAUUUGGAGGGAAAAACGAUCGGCAAAUCACACUUUGUAAUCGGCAAAUACCUGACCGGAGGAGCGUUCGGACGAAUACACUUAGGGAAGAACACGCAGACGGGUCUCACUGUGUGCGUCAAACUCGAGUCUCAGGCCAGCCCUAAGCCACAGUUGCCUCUCGAGUACAAGUUCUACAAAAUCUUGGGCAAAGGCAAAGGCAUUCCCAACAUCUAUUACAUCGGACCCGUCGGCAACUGGUCAGCGCUGGUCAUGGAUUUGUUGGGACCCAAUCUGGAGAACCUGUUCGAGAAGUGCGAACACAAGUUCUCUGUGCGGACGACUGUCCAGUUGGCCAUUCAGUUGAUCGGCGUCUUCGAGAUCUUUCACGGCCGGCGACUCAUCUAUAGGGACACAAAGCCCGAGAACUUCCUGAUGGGUCCGUCGGGUUCGGACACUUACAACCAGGCGUUCAUUUGCGAUAUGGGAAUGUGUAAGGAGUAUAAGGACGAGAAGGGCAACCAUAUCCCGGAGGCGUCGCGCAAACCCUGGACCGGAACUCUCAGGUAUAUGAGUAUCAAUAACCACGCGAACAAUGAACAGAGCCGACGGGACGACAUGGAGGCGCUGUCGUAUAUGUUUGUGUUUUUCAUGAAGGGUGAGCUCCCGUGGCAGGGCGUCGACGCCGCUAACAUCAUUGAGAAAUACCGGGCCGUCGGCGAUGUGAAGCGUAAGACAACGCCAGCGGUUCUGUGCUCUGAUAUGCCCGAAGAGUUCCUCAAGUUUACCGAAUCGGUGCGCGGACUCGGCUUUACCGAAGAUCCCAAAUAUAAGGCCUAUAUUAAUAUGUUUACCAAAUUGUUGGCCAAAAUGGGACACGACAUGAAUGAGGGCUACUAUGACUGGGAUAAAAACCACAAACCCAGGCCCGCCAAAGACCGCAAAUAAUCACGAGACACAUCUCUAAUCCAUUCCCCACCCUUUUCUCAAUUCCCGUUUUUAUCCCCGAUUUCACUCUUUGAUCUCUCUGU